UGAGUUUUUCGAUCCCACCCAAGAGUAGAUUCGUUGCCUCGUCGUGCAGCGCAUGAUUACGAAUGUGCCGUCGUAGGAUGUGCUGCCAGCAGGUGCGAAUGCCAGCGUGCAACUCGUUGCGCACCCCCGGGGACCACCGAACAGUGCCAGACAUGGACGCGUCACCGGCCUCGGAAGAGCAGGGCCAGCGCAGCGGCGCGGGGGCCGCCAGCACGUCCGCAAGCGAGGCCGCCGCUGGGGCCGAGGUCGCCGUCCAGGUGCGGUCGGCGUUCGGGGUCGUCCGCGCGGUCUCCCUGCGUGGCCUCGCGGAGCUGGUGUUGGGCGAGGCCUGCCGCUUGCCGAGCGCCAGGGACGCCUCUGAGGAGCCCGUGGGCGCGGUGGGGCAGCACUUUGCCGAUGCCCGCGUGACGCCCGGCGGCGUCGUCCGCCUGGUCGCCCGCUGGCGCCUGGAAGCGUGGGCCGCCGAGGGCCUGCUGCUCUGCCCCACGUGCGGCAGGCUCGCGCGCGGCGAGCAGGGCCUCUGGAUGCACCAGCGCCGCGCCCACGGCGCCGCCUACGCGCUCGCCCGGGGCACCGCGGCCGAGGCGCUGCGGCACGUGGCGCUGGUGCUGCACAGGCCCGCGGCCGCCGGAGCGCCGGCGCCUGCGCGCGCGGCGGCGCCGCGGCGCGCGCCGCGGCGCCUGGGGGCACGGCUGUGCCCCGGGAUGGAGGCGGCGAGGGACGGAGACUUGCACAGGCUCCGGGCGCUCGUUGCGGACGGGUGGGACCCCGCCAGCCGCGACCGCAACGGCUGCCCCACCCUCCUGUGGGCCGCUGGCGGCGGCCACCUCGAGGUCUGCCGCUACCUCGCCGAGGACUGCGGCAUCGAUGCCCGGACCACGUCUGAGACGUCCACUCGGGGCUACGCGGGGCGCACGGCAUUGCACUGGGCCGCUCGGAACGGGCGUCUCGAGGUGAUCCGGUGGCUCGUCGAGGAGCAGGGUGUUCAAGCGGACGCCCUCACCCGCGACGGCACGAGCGCCUUCUGCUGGGCAGCCUGGCAGGGCCACCUCGGCUGCUUGCAGUGGCUCGCCGCGCACGGCUGCGACGUGCACUCGACGAACAGCUACGGCUGCAACGCCGCUCUCUGGGCGGCGCAGGGCCCCGGCGGCGUCGAGAUCUGUUCCUUCUUGUUCUCGCAAAGCUGCGAUUUUGCCCAGAUCAACGCCAACGGCCACUCCGCGCUGCACAAGGCAGCGCAGCGCGGCAAGCACGAGGUGUGUCGGUGGCUGCUGCGCGGCGGCGGGGGCCUGACGCCCAGGCACGCGGCCCCCGACGAGGAGGGCCAGAGGCCCUCGGACCUUGCCGCGGCCGAGGGCCACCAGAGCCUGGCGGCGUGGCUGCGGACCAUCGCCGUGGGCGUCGGGAGUCAGUGCGCACUGAUCCACGAUGUGGAGGCGCCGCGUCGCGUGUUCGAUGCGCGCUGCGGCGCGGGCCUGCUGAUUGCAGAAGCCGUCGCGUGGCUUGUUAAUUCCAACGCGAUGUGCCGCUCGCAAGCCGCGCGCCGGCUAGCGAGCAACAUCAGGCAGACAUAA